AUGAGGAUUCGCCCGGGAUGCGCGGCUGCACUAGCGGUGCUAUUGCAAGCCGCUCUUGUGGCGAGCAAGGCUGUGGAUCAAACGCAGCUGCAGCAGCAAUUACAACAGCAGACUCCAUCCGACAAAACAGCGCAAAAGCGAUGGGGAGGUGAUUACGGCGGCGGUUAUGGUACUUCCGGCGGUGGUGACAUCGGAGGUCAUCUCGGCGGCGGUGAUUUCGGCGGUGGUCACUUCGGCGGUGGUGAUAUCGGCGGUCAUCAUGGCGGAGGUGAUUUCGGCGGUGGUGAUAUCGGCGGUCAUCAUGGCGGAGGUGAUUUCGGCGGUGGUGAUAUCGGCGGUCAUGAUGGCGGAGGUGAUUUCGGCGGUGGUGAUAUCGGCGGUCAUGAUGGCGGAGGUGAUAUCGGCGGACAUUUGGGCGGCGGUGACAUCGGCGGACAUUUGGGCGGCGGUGACAUCGGCGGCGGCGGCGGAAUCGACGCGCAUCACGGAGGCCAUCAUGACGAAGGUUACUGGAAAAAGAAGCUGAUCUGGAAGCCAGGCUGGAAAAAGAUCUGGAAACCGGCGCAGAAGCAGAUCUGGAAGCCUGCGUGGAAGAAAAUUUGGAAGCCUAUCUGGGUGCCGACUCAAAAGGCGGUGUGGAAGGAAAUUCAGGUUCCUGCUUGGAAGAAGAUCUGGAAGCCCGUGUGGAAACAGAUUCAGGUGCCGGUGUGGAAAGAGAUACAGGUACCGGCCUGGAAGAAGAUCUGGAAGCCGGUUUGGGUACCGAUCAAGGUACCCGCCUGGAAAGAGAUCCAAGUGCCCGCGUGGAAGAAAAUUUGGAAGCCAGUCUGGAAGGAGAUACAAGUGCCGGCAUGGAAGGAGAUUCAAGUACCCGCUUGGAAGAAGCUCUGGGUGCCUGAAUGGAUAAAGGUUGGUAUACCGGGCGAGCACUAUCACGGCACGGAUCAUCACGGUUGGCAGUACACCAGCCAUGAUCUCUGGAAGAAAAAGUUAAUUUGGAAGCCUGUAUGGAAAAAAUAUUGGAAGCCGGCCAAGAAGCAGAUCUGGGUGUCAGAUAAGAAACUCGAAUGGAAGGAGGCCUGGAAGCAAAUCUGGAAACCGGCGAAGAAGCAAGUCUGGAUAGACGACAAGAAACUGAUCUGGAAGGAAGAGUGGAAGCAGAUCUGGAAGCCGUCCAAGAAGCUUAUCUGGGUAUCGGACAAGAAGCUCGAAUGGAAGGAGGCCUGGAAGCAAAUUUGGAAGACCGAUAAGAAACUAGAAUGGAUUCCCGACAAGAAACUCACCUGGAAGGAAGCAUGGAAGCAGAUCUGGGUGCCCGCUUGGAAGCAGAUCUGGGUGCCGGCCUGGAAGAAGAUCUGGAAACCGGUCUGGAUAUCCGAAUGGUUCCCCAACGAGGACCAUCAUCAUCAUCACUGGGACCGUAAAGAUUCGCAAGUUCAGAACACGCAGGUAGUGCCUUACAGCCCGGAAGUCGCCUUCCAGAAGAGGCAUUCGGAGCAAUCAGAGCAGCAACAGCAGCAGCAGCAACAACAGCAGCAGCAACAGCCGCAAAAGCAGCAGCAGACGCAACAACGUCAGGCGGAGGACAACAAUGUUAGGUGGGACAGGUCCUUCAAGGCAAAUCUGCCGACAGUCACGCAGGAUCUGGUACCGCCGCCAGUUAAUCAAAACGGAGGUCAAGCCAGCUUCACCUUCCCUACCCGCUGA